GUGCCAAAUCCAAGUAAAAACACAAAUUUUGCUAAAGUCAAUGGCUUGCUAUUAUUCUGCUUCUUCUUCCUUCUAUCCAUAUGUUUCAGUGCCCUUUUUUAUGUUCUCUCUUUUGGCUGCUAGCUCUUUUCUUGUUGCAUUCGGUAAUUUUUACCAGGAUGUUGAUGUCACUUGGGGAGAUGGCCGUGCAAAGAUUCUCAACAACGGUGAGCUUCUUACUCUUUCUCUUGAUAAAGCAUCCGGCUCUGGCUUCCAAUCCAAGAAUGAGUUUCUCUAUGGAAAGAUUGAUAUGCAGCUGAAGUUUGUCCCAAACAACUCUGCUGGCACUGUUACUGCAUACUAUCUGAAAUCACCAGGGUCAUUUUGGGAUGAGAUAGACUUUGAAUUCCUUGGAAAUUUGAGUGGUGAUCCUUACAUCGUUCAUACUAACGUUUACACUCAAGGCAAAGGUGACAGAGAGCAGCAAUUCUACCUCUGGUUUGAUCCCACUGCUGAUUUUCACACCUAUUCAAUUCUCUGGAAUCCAGGCCACAUUGUCUUCUAUGUUGAUGGCAGACCGAUUAGGGACUUCAAGAACCUGCAAUCAAUGGGAGUUCCGUACCCGAAGAACCAGCCAAUGAGAAUGUACUGCAGUCUCUGGAAUGCUGAUGACUGGGCGACAAGAGGGGGAUUGGUGAAGACAGACUGGUCACAGGCACCAUUUACAGCUUCCUUCAGGAACUUCAAUGCCAAGAAUGCUUGUGUUUGGGCUAAUGGAGCAUCGUCUUGCAGUUCAAACUCCACCGGGAAUCCAUGGUUCUCUCAGGACCUUGAUUCUGCAAGCCAAAACACGCUCAAAUGGGUGCAGAAAAACUACAUGGUUUACAAUUACUGCACUGACACCAGGCGGUUUCCUCAGGGCCUCCCUCAGGAAUGCAAAGUUACAGCCAAGAAAUAGGAGGAUUUGAACUUCGUCUUCAAGCCAUGCAAGGUUUGAUAUUCGCUUCAGAAAUUCACUUUUGGAUACAUAUAAUUUUUUUUUUUUUUUUUAUUUAAGCAUUAUUUUUGCAACUUUGAUGUAUCUAAAUAAAUUAUUUAGAAAUAUAAAUUUUUGCUUGUAAAGGUGGAAUUAUAUGUAAUGGUUUUAAAAGUUGUUCUAAGAAGAUGUUAUAUAGGACAAAAUUUUCAGAUUUUU